AUGAAGUUGACAUGGCAGCGGAAUCACUCGGCAGACAACAAACCCCCCAAGGUCAAGGCCGGUAUCUCUCAAGCGGGCACUCUAGAUCAGCCCCGAGACGACAGUAGAGCUAGACUGUCAUCAAAUAACAGAGAAAUCUCGAAUGCAACCACGGCCUCACGAGAGUUCAAGUUUGUUGCUGGUCGACCAAGGAAACGACGAAAGAAGGACCAUACGGCUGAAGAUGUCGUGAAGCUCAAGUACCCCUUUGCCGUCAGCGAGCCAGGGGAUCCUAUGAGCUCAGAGUCUUUGCAAAGGUCAAUGAGCCCAUCACUCUCUCCGACCGAGUUUUGCAGUUCGCUGGCUCUGGCGCGGAAGACUUCAUCCCCCCUGCCAGAACAAGCCAUUUCCGCUGGCAUUUGGCAAUCCGCACUCUUAGAAUCGGACACCGUCCCCGAGGUUCAGAACAUUCACAGCCCGGACACUGAGAGUUUGGAGCACUGUCUGCAGAUUCAGCAGUAUACCGAUUCUCCUGGAGCAUGGAGCCAGCCCACGUCAGGGAGGACCACGGACUCAUGGUCUGAAACGGGAUACAUGUCUGAGUCCGAAUACGCGUAUCAGGUCACUCCCUCCUAUAUUCCCCAGAUAUGCUUCCCGACACUCCACGACAAGUUCUCUGGUCUGCUCAACCUGUAUGACGUUCAGUUCUGCAAAUAUCCGAUCACCAAUGACUUUGGUGUAAAUCCAUAUCGAUACAGGCCGGAGACGACCCAAGGAUCACGGCAUUUGUUGCACGCGAUCCUGGCGAUAACGUCGCAUUUCAGGCUUCGAUCACCUACCCAGCCGACGCCUCCGGCGGAAGCGCUGGCUCACAAGAACACGGCCAUGGUGCUCUAUCAAUGCGCGUUGACGAAGACCGACCUGUACAACAACGGUCUCAGCCUGUUAGACACGGCACUGGCUCUUUGGCAACUUGAGGCGACCAUCUCGGCCCUCAACAUCUGGAGGUCUCACCUAACGGACGCGUACCAACUCCUCGAGCUCUGCGGCGGCCCGGAAAAAUGGUCCUUCAACAAGCGAGCAAACGUCCAGGUGUCAAUGGUCCUCUGGUGGGACGCCAUUGUAGCCAUGCUCGCCCGCACAGAAUGUAUCCUCCCCUAUACAUACCUCGAAGCCGUCCUGCGACACGAAGGUCGGCAGCCCUGGACGUUCUACGAACUGAACGGCUGUCCGCGCGAACUCUUCGUCCCCAUGACCCAGCUAGCGAACCUGUCGGCUCGGCGAGAGAGCAAGACUGCCACCCUCCUUGUCUCCCAAAUCGAACAAUCAGUGAAACGGUACGAGUAUGCCGGAGCGGGCAGUGGGUUUUGUCCCGACAGCGAGACCGAGACCGAGACCGACGACGAAGAAGCCAUGCAUAUCGAACGCGACAAAUAUCACUGCUGCGAGGGGUUUCGGUACGCCCUACUGAUUUACAUUCUGCGCGUCUUCACUGUCGCAAGGCAGAAUCACGACGACCGGCAUCAGAAACUGCAGGCCACAACCCAAUCGAGGAUAUCAUUCCUGUCACGCGUCUGCCUCGACCAUGUGGCAGCCUGUCGGUCUACCUCGCUGAUCCAGAAACAGCUUUUGUUCCCCGUGUUCAUCGCCGGCUGCGAGACUCGCACCCUGACGCACCGCGAGUUCGCCGCCGAAUACUGCAGGCGGUGGUUCCGCAAGUUCGGAUACCAGAUGUACAUGACCGUGUUGGACGUGAUGGAAGCCGUGUGGACCGAACAGGAUACCGGCAACGAAGACUUCUGGUGGGGAGACGAGCUUGACGCCCGACGCGCAAAGGAGGGAGAGUUUGUACAAUUCUGCUUUGGAUGA